GACCGUCGGAACCGUAACGCAAAACUCACACUUAAAUUUAAAUUCAAAUAUUAAAUUUAAAACUUAAUACGUUAAUGGCGUAUUUCGUACUCCUCCUCUAAACUGUUUGUGCCAGUGUGUCAAAAGUGUAAAGAAAAUCAAAAAUAAAGUGUGUUCGUUUUAAUCAAAAAUUAAUAAAUCUAUUACGUGUCUGGGAGCAUUAGCUCCGUCACUGUUUUAACAAACUAGUUGGCACAAUCGCUGCAGAAAAUAUUUAUACUUCUUUAGCAAAAAGCCAUUAAAUUUAUUGAGUGCAGUUUGGCGUACAAUAUGAUGGACGUUAGCAGCAUGUACGGCAACCAUCCGCAUCAUCAUCCACAUGCCGCUGCCUCGGCCUACGAUGGCUACGGCAGCAACUACUUUCCCUCGCCGACCCACCAUCUGCAGCAGCAGCAACAGCAACAACAGCAGCAGCAGCAGCAACACCAGCAACAACUGCAGCAGCAGGUGCAACAACAACAGCAGCAGCAACACCAACAGCAGCAACAUCAGCAACAACUGACCUACAAUGGCUACGAUAGCAACUCGCCCAACUACUAUCAACAACAGCAACAGCUCACGCCACCGCCAACCCAACACCAGCUGCAACAUCCUCUGGCUCAGCAGCAGCAACAACAACAGCAACAGCAACAACUCUAUCCGCAUUCGCAUCUCUUCAGUCCCAGUGCAGCGGAAUAUGGCAUCACAACCUCGACCAGUGGAGGAGCAGGAGCAUCUAACAGCACGCCAUUGCAUCCCACAAGCCAUUCACCUGCCGAUUCUUACUACGAAAGCGAUUCGGUGCACUCUUACUAUGCCACAGCAGCGGUGGCAACUGUGCCGCCUCCUGCCAACAAUUCGCCGGUCACAGCAGCCAAUGCCACACAACAGCAACAACAGCAGCAGCAACAACAGCAGCAACAGUCACUUGAUGCGCAUGCGCCCAUCAUCAGCUCUGAGAAUGGCAUGAUGUACACCAAUCUGGACUGUCUCUAUUCGCCCAGUGUGGCACAGCAGGCGCAGACGCAACCUCUGGGCUAUGGCGGCCAGAUGGAGGAGAAGUACGCGGCAGUGUUGCAUGCAGGAUACGCAGCAGCGCCACCGGGAUUGCUGCUCGAGGAUCAGGAUCCCAUGAUGCAGCUGGCUGCUGCCGGGCAGCAGCAGACUACGCCACAAAUGUGGCAUCAUCAUCAGCACAUGGGCGGUGGCUAUCCAUUGGAUGCGGGCAUUGCCAUGGACUAUCCACAUGCGCAUUUGCAUCACACGCUCAGUCAUGGUCAUCUGGCCAGUUUGACCAGCAGUGCUCAGCAGGCGCAGCAACAACAUCUGCAACAACAGCAGCAGCAACAGCAGCAGCAACAACAACAGCAGCAGCAGGCAAAUGGCAACCAGGUUGUGCCACAGCAUGCACUCUCUCCCAACGGUUCAAGCAGUUGCAUGAGCAUGUCCCGCAAUCAACGCGGCGGUGGCGUCACAUCGCCUGGCAGUUCCACCUCAUCCUCAACAGCAUCGGCAUCGGCGGGCAACAAUGCGUCGCACCAAUCGAGCUCACAAUCAAAAUCGCCAAAUCAUGCGCCCAACAUUCCGACCUACAAAUGGAUGCAGCUCAAACGGAAUGUUCCCAAGCCACAAGCACCGAAACUACCUGCCAACAUCAGCAACAUGCACGAUUACCAACUCAAUGGUCAUCUCGACAUGUGCCGCGCCGGCAACGUUGGCGGCACCUCCGCCGUCUUGCCCAUUCAGAAUCCCCUGCUGCUGUCCAGCAAUCCAACUUCAGGCAGUGCAUCUAGCGGCCUGGGCGUGGGCCUCACCACUGGCAAUGGCGGUGGUGCUGCCGGCUCUGUGGCUGGCCUCAGCAGCUGCAGCCUGUCGUCCACCAACAACUCGGGUCGCACCAACUUCACAAACAAGCAACUGACCGAGCUGGAGAAGGAGUUUCACUUUAAUCGCUACUUGACGCGCGCCCGACGCAUCGAAAUCGCCAAUACGCUGCAGCUAAACGAGACGCAGGUCAAAAUCUGGUUCCAGAAUCGUCGCAUGAAGCAAAAGAAACGCGUCAAGGAAGGUCUCAUUCCGGCGGACAUUCUAACGCAGCACAGCGCACCCGUGAUAACUGAAAAGCAGCCCCAGCAACAGCAGCACCAACAACACCAACAGCAACAGCAGCAACAACAACAACAGCAGCAAACCGAGUUGAAGGCUUCUGAAUUGGUCAGCAGUGAAUUGGCAACAACAGCAGCAACAGCGGCAGCAGCAGCAGCAACAGCAACAACAGCAGCCAAACAAAGUUGAACAAUUUCGAUUGUUGCUGUUUGUUGUUAUUGUUGUUAUUGCUAUGUUAUAGGUGCUGCUGUUGUUGUUGUUAUUCUUAUUGUGGUUGUUAUUGUUGUUGGUUUUUGUUGUUAUAUUAUGUUGUGUGAAAUUGCCAAAUGUCGACCGCAUUUUGUUGUGAUAAUUAAAUAGAAAAAAAUGGCAAAAAAUUAACAAAUUUCAAAUAAAACAA